AUGCGCAGCCUCGACGGUCGCUACGGUAGACGUAUCUUUGGGAGUCUUUGGCCACAUCAACCCCAAGCGUACGCUUCCGUUACUACGGAGACGAUCAACUCGAAGAAGAGGGAAGAUUUUACAGCCAGAACCCGUUGGGCGGUACAAAUCUUCUCACGAGACCAGCGAUUGGCCCAUCUUGGAAGCUCGUCCUUGCCGCGAUUGUUCACCGUGCGAAACUUCACCACAACGUCCUCCUCCACGCCGAAGCCGCCCCCGCAAAACAGCGACGACAAUCAAACGGACAACCCGACAAACGAGCCCGACACCACGUGGGAUCUUACCACCAAGAGUCUUGGCCAAGUCAUUUUUUUGAAUUCCUCACACUCUGGAACUAUCUUGCUGGCGAGUCUGGCCUUGGGCGAUCCAUACUUGGCUUUUUUGGCAGGAGUCGGCACCGUCACAGCCAACGCCACGGCCCGGAAUGUCUUGCAACUCGACGCACAAGUCUACGGUAACGGCUUGUGGGCCUACAACGGUGCCUUGGUCGGAUGUGCCACGGCCGUCUUUGUCGCGCCCCUCGCCGACAGCGCCAACACAGUGGCAAUGUUGAGUCCCGUACUGACGGGCCUCGCGAUUACCACCACCGGAGCGGCGGUGUCAACGGCUGUCACGGCUAGCCUGUCCCGCACCAUCACGUCCAUGCCCCAGUGGACUUGGGCCUUUAACGUUGUGGCUUUAAGUAUUUUGUUGCGCACGCAGCCCUUGCGUCCAACAUUCGACCCCAACAGCGUUGGCGCGACGGAAAUGGUCGCCCCCUCGACAACGUCUCUGCUCGAGCUCGCCACGGGGCCACUGAAGGGUGUGUCGCAAAUUUUUGUCGUCGAAUCGGCAUGGACAGGAAUCGGAAUACUCGCUGCCAUUCACGCCUACUCCCCACUCCUGGCGGGACACGCUCUUCUCGGCAGUACCGUGGGCAUGCUCACGGGAACAGUCUGUUGCAGUGACGCAGCAACGGCGGAACUCGCCGCCGGCUUGUUUGGUUUCAACGCCGCCCUAACGAGUCUGGGAGUUGGAGUCUUUUUUCGUAACAACACGGCGGCUUGGGUCUUGUCCGGUACGGGAGCGGUCGCCACCACGGUUCUGUUUGGGGCCCUACAAAAUGUGCUCGGUGCCUUGCACAGCCCCUGUCUGACCUUGCCCUUUUGCAUCACCAUGUCGGCGUGCUAUCAAUUGGGUGGGAGAGUGGGCGGGCCGGAAGGUGUCGUUCCGAGCCUUGAACUAGCGACGAAUCCGCAUUCGCCGGAACAAAACCAGUAA